AUGUUCUCGCACAAGUGUUACACCGGCAUAAAUGGAAGCGGUGACGGGAAAAGAAAAUUCGCACCGCCGCAGAACGACGUCACGCUGCGCAGCGCCUCGGACUUCCUACGCCAGCCUCUUUCGCUCGCCUGUCAGUUUUGGCGUCGGAGAACAAGCGCCGAACCGGCCGGCGAAUUCGCCUUUACCGAGAAAGGAAAGGAGGACCCUUGGCUACCGGGUUGUCGUCGGUCGACCGUUGGCUGGGACGCUAAACGAAGUUUCACCCCUCCUCGGCACGGCGAGUAG